UUAGCGACACCCUGUGGAUGGUGACAGCUUCCGCUUCCGCCUUGCUACGGUCGGGUCUUGGAGGUGAGAUAGUUCGGUGACGCCAUCAUUCUGCGACAGCCGAGGAGGCGAAAGGAAAGGGAAAGAAGCUAACCCGCGGCCGGUCAGACCUCCGUAGUCGACAUGGGGGGAGGCGACUUGAACUUGAAGAAAAGCUGGCAUCCACAAACCCUGCGCAAUGUGGAAAAAGUUUGGAAGGCAGAACAGAAACAUGAAGCAGAACGGAAGAAAAUUGAAGAGCUGCAGCGGGAGUUACAUGAAGAGCGAGCGCGAGAGGAAAUGCAGCGUUAUGCUGAGGAUGUGGGCGCUGUCAAGAAAAAAGAUGAGAAGUUGGAAUGGAUGUACCAAGGACCGGGAGGCAUGAUGAACAGAGAUGAAUACCUUAUGGGCCGCCCAGUUGACAAAUAUGUCUUUGAGACAAUGGAGGACAAGGAAACAGGCUGCUCUUCUGAGACCGGCCUUCUGCCAGGGUCUAUCUUUGCCCCCACGGGUGCCAACUCUGCCUUGGAUAUGGCCAGCAAAAUCCGAGAAGAUCCACUGUUCAUGAUCAGGAAAAGGGAGGAGGAGAAGAAGCGUGAAGUUCUGAACAACCCUGUAAAAAUGAAGAAGAUCAAAGAGCUGUUGCAGAGCAGUUUAGAGAAGAAGAAGAAAAAGAAGAAAAAGGAUAAGAAAAAGAAGCACAAGAAACACAGGCAUCACAGUCCUAGUAGCAGUGAAGAUGAAAAAGCCAAGCCAUGGGUGAAAAUGGACAACUCUGCUUUGGAGCCUCUUCAUCCCAAAAUACCAGGCUAUGGGUUGCAGAUUCAAAAUGCUGGACAUGAAAGGACGUUUUCCCACAAGCUCCAACAGAGUUCUGGGUCGAAGAGCCGAUGCCUGUCACCGGAGAGGACUUGUGGCAAGAAGAGCACUUAUCAGGCGGAGUUGAGCAGUCAUAGGAGGUCAAGGUCACCUAGACACAAUAAACACUACAACAGCAAGGAACAGAACGCGAAAAUUGGAGGCAGGAGUCCUUCCCCUAAGAAAGAAGUCUACAGAAGGCAACAGACCUCAAGCAGAAAACUGUCUGCAGAAGAGCUGGAGAGAAAACGGCGAGAAAUGAUGGAGAAUGCCAAGUGGCGGGAAGAGGAAAGGGCGAACAGUGUGAACAAACAUAGAAAGGAAGAGGAACGAGAGCGUGCGCUGGAGAAACUUGACCGUUCUGAUGGGAAGUUUAUACACCACAUCAAGCUGGAGAGUGCGUCCACUUCCUCUCUUGAAGACAGGGUUAAGAGGAACAUUCACUCUAUCCAAAGGACAGCAGCAGCCCUGGAAAAAAACUUCAUGCAGAGAUGAGAUUUGUUUUUUCUUCCUUCACUGGACCACCCAGCACUUCUGAGGAUUUGCAUAUUUGGGGUGCUUUGUCCCUUGAAGGGGGAUGCUGUAGCAGGACUGACCAGACAGGAAAACCUUCGUAAUAUAACCUUCACAACCCAGGCCAGCUAUCCCUUCACUGUGUGAGAGGGCUUGUGCCUGGACAUCAUGAGGAGGAAGUUCACUUUGAUGCUUUGCUGUAAACAGUCUUUACUGUCAAACUAGGGUAUCAUAAAGGUCUGUGAUCCAACUUGUGUAUGAGCUUCAUGUACUCCUUGCGAGCCAUUUUGACAAUAAGCCCUGCCCUUUGUGUGAUGGUCCAUACUUCACAGCAGUGUAGAAGGGGUAAGACUGUAAGAUAUAGGCAAGGGGGCAUUAGGCAAUGGAGGAGCUUCCUCAUACGUUCAUAUCUGCAGUGGGUAUAACAGGUAAGCAGUGAGAAAUGAGGCUAUUCUUUUACUUCUGAUGAUAUCAUGGCUUCUUUAUAAGGAGCAGAGCUACUAAUAAUGCUUGAAUUUCAUUGGCUGAUCACAGUUCUGCUCCUUUUCAGGUUUUUAAGUUUCCAAGUUCUGCUUGGACUUUGGACAUGUCCAAAAUAAUGAGGCCCAGUGGAGAAUGCUGGGGCUUAUAGCUUCUCUUCAUCUUACGUUUCUGUUUUGUUUAAACCCCCCCCCCCGAUUGUGGUGUUCCCUCCAGUCCAUUUUUGUUACUUUUAAACAAGGUUUUUGUGCCUGGUAGCUAGUACUAUAGGCCCAGGAGUGCCUUUCCUAAAAUGAGGCUUUAUUUUAUUCAUGCUUUUAAUUUGAGACAGGCACACUUCUGGAGUGGGCAAGCUUAGUUUUCUGAAGAACAGACAAAAAGCAGCACCUGACCAAAUGGAACUUUAGUACAGCAACCUUCAUGUAUCUUGUGGUGAUGUGUGAGCUUUGUAUACAGUCUGGCUGAAUUUAAUAUAUGUAUAAUUCUCUUAAGCAGCUGUUUAACAUUUUUGUGGUGAUUUAUCUUAAUAAGCAAUUUGUAUUACAGGCCAUUUAAAAUAUUGUUGUGUUUCAUGUGGAACCGGAGCUGAAUAUGUGGCAAUUGUAAACACAAACAAACAUCAAAAUCCCUUAAUUGGCUUGGAAGUGGGCUUUUUUGGAGUAAGAAAGGGAGCUAUCAAGUAUCUCCCCAAAACACCCUGCUUACAAGGACAGCCACCACCCCACCCAUAGUGCUCUCUAACACAAUCCUGGGGAAGGUGAAAGAGGUAUGCAAGAGGAGAAAAAGGUCACCACCUCUUGAGUGAUUGCCUCUCCCUUCCUCUGCCCAGCCCUCACUUUAGGAAGUGAUGGAGAGUAACAGCGAUAGCAGUUUAGGAGAGAGACUGCCCCUCCCUUCUUUUUAUCCUUUCAGAUUGUUCUGUCUUUGUAAAGGUGUGUUAACUGUGAUGCUCCAGCAAGUUUCUACUAAAGAUGAGCUGCUUUUUAAUAUCCAUUUGUCAUUGUUUAUGGUUCAAAAAUUCAUUUUUAAUUAUAGAGCGAUGGCAGAAACAA